AUGGUGAAAUUAGACUUCUCGUCGGGAGGCGAUGAAGAAAAAGACGAGGAUUUGACGAAGGAAUUCGUGAUGGAUGAAGCACCAAUGGAAGAGACGGCAACGCAAGUAGUGAAGCAAGUAGCAACAACGACAAAAGAGACUCUGAAGGAUGUGGUUGUGAAUAAAGUUAUAGAUGUCAAGGACGUUGUGAAAGAAAAAGUAAUGCAGCAAACUGGGAUGCCUGAAUGGGCAUUCGUCUUCCUCGGAUUCGUAUUUAUCUUGCUCGUCCUCGCGUGUGCCUUCUUCAUCAUCCGCAAGUUAUUCGGAAAGAAACGACAUGGAGAGAAAAACAAAAAAGGGGGAUUGAAAGGAUUCUUUGGUAAAGGACAAGAUGUUGUCGAUGGAAAAAAUAUUCAAGGGAUGGCUCAAGACUUGGAAGAGCUAGGAGACGCAAUGGAACAAAACGAAAAAGCUCAAGCAGAAGAGAAAGAAGAAGUGAAGUUGGGAAGGAUACAAUACAAGCUUGAUUAUGAUUUCCAACAAGGACAACUGACUGUAACUGUGAUUCAAGCGGAAGAUCUGCCUGGAAUGGAUAUGUCUGGAACAUCUGAUCCAUAUGUUAAACUGUAUUUAUUGCCGGAAAAGAAGAAGAAAGUUGAGACGAAAGUUCAUCGGAAAACACUCAAUCCAGUAUUCAAUGAGACUUUCAUUUUUAAAGUAGCAUUCAAUGAGAUCACUGCAAAAACACUUGUGUUUGCUAUCUACGAUUUCGACAGAUUCAGUAAGCACGACCAGAUUGGACAAGUUUUAAUUCCACUUGGAAAGAUUGAUUUGGGACAAGUAAUCGAAGAAUGGAAGGAUAUUGCACCACCUCCAGAUGACAAAGAAGCCGAAAAGAGUCUCGGAGAUAUUUGUUUCUCACUUCGAUACGUCCCAACUGCUGGAAAAUUGACAGUUGUUGUGCUUGAAGCAAAGAAUCUCAAGAAAAUGGACGUCGGUGGUCUAUCAGAUCCAUAUGUCAAGAUAGUGUUGAUGCAAGGAGGAAAACGGCUGAAAAAGAAGAAAACGUCAAUUAAGAAGUGUACUCUUAACCCAUAUUAUAAUGAAUCAUUCAGCUUCGAAGUGCCUUUCGAACAAAUUCAGAAAGUGUCCCUUAUGAUCACUGUGAUGGAUUACGAUAAACUCGGAUCAAACGACGCCAUUGGACGGUGUCUUCUUGGAUGUAAUGGAACUGGUGCAGAGCUUAGGCACUGGAUGGACAUGUUGGCAUCUCCACGUCGCCCAAUUGCUCAAUGGCAUACACUUGGACCAGUUGAGGAAGAAGGAGACAAAAAAGACGACAAGAAAUAA